GUCAUUAGUAAUCUAUUACUGAUUCAUUCAUUAUUGUCUAAUUUCAAUUCAAAUUUAGUUUAUUGAAUAAGUUAUACGUAGAAUAAGAGGUUUAUAAGGUUAAAUGUUAAGCGUUACGCGUUAUAAUCACGUGUAAACAACCGUGUUCGUAUUCGUAGCUUUACUAAAUAUGCGUGCCUUAACGUUAGUUGCACCGGCGGUAAAUAUUCAGUAUUGUUUGUGAUAAUACAACUUAGCAGUAUAUAAUAGGUUAAACAAUGAAUCUCUGGAUUGUUUACUUUGUAUUAACAACAUCAGUAUUGCAUGCUGAUGUAGGCGAACAGGAUCUUAACGAAAUAUCAGAAGAAGCCAAUGCAGUGAUUUUAAAUAAGUGUUGUGAGAAAAAUGAAAUCAUGGUCGAUUCCAUAUGCAGAUUAGCUGAAUUGGUCAACCAAACAUUGUGGGAACCACAGUUUAAAACGGAGGAAGGCAAAGAUGUGGAUGUGAAAUAUGUCCGCAUUGUAUAUGGUGUGCCAGAUUGUACCACGACACAAAUGAGAGCAAUAUUUCAAUUGGGAAACUCAGAGGAUGAGCUUAAUCUUCUAUCAGAUGGUCGUUUACAACAUCUAAUCCAUCAUGAACAUAGCUCUGACAGCGUCAAUGAGGAUCCAUUAAUGGCUAAUACAUUUGGUAUACAUGAUUCCAUUGUCAUACCUGAGGAAAAGGAACCUACAUCAUUUAUUCAUGUUCAAAACAAAUAUUGCAUGGAGAAAUUUUUAAUGGCAAAUACAAACAAGACAGGGAAAUAUGCUAUGGUGUGUGUACCAGAAGUAAAGAUCAAUUGGAAAGACACAAACUUUUUGAUGAAGAAAAUACUCAAUCCACUAUUCCAUGCAAUUGCUAUGAUAUUAUUCCUCCUAGUGGCGAUAAUAUACUUUGUUUUACCCACACUGAGGGAUUUAGCAGGAAAUAUUAUAACUACAAUAAAUGUUUGUUUGAUAGUCAGUCAAGCAGCUGAUCUUGUAAGAAUAUUCACAGAACUGAGUAACCAUGUGAGUUUUAUGAUAACUGAUAUAAUUUUAUAUAUCAGCCUAUUGGGUGCAUUCUUUUGGUUGAACAGUUUUGGAUUUUAUAUUUGGAAGACCUUUAAGUCGAGAAAUGUCUUCCUAAGAGUAACGGAUGUGCGCAAAUAUUGUUAUUACUCUAGUGUGGUCUGGUCGAGUGUCACGAUCAUGGCAGCAAUGGCUAUCUGUGCCCAUUUUCUUUUGGAUACCAGCACUAAUCCAAAUAGGAAAACACGCACACAGUUCUCAUCAUCAAUACUUGUUGAUGAUAUUGAACAAGAAACUAUUGGAUGGCUUGGUAUUGCGAUCUUUUUCACUCCAGUCGCAUUCACAAUUAUUUUCAAUAUAUUUUUCUAUGUAACAACUCUGAAGGUUAUAAAGAGAAUCAAUAUAUAUGGACGGAUACAUCAUAAACUCAAAGGAUGUUUUAACCUGUUCCUGCAACUGUUUCUAAUAAUGACCACAGCUUGGUUAUUCCUCCUGCUGUCUUGGCUCAAUUUCGACGGACUAGUAUACGCUCACAUCGUUGUGAAUAUACUUCAAGCAAUCCUCAUAUUCUAUGUAUGUGUUGUGAAACAGUCACACGUCACGUUUCUUUUAAGAAAGAGUUGUUGUUACGCGGAACCAGUACCAACUGGUGAAUGGGGCGAUGAGAUGACACACAUGAACGGUGGAAAUUACUAACUUAAAAGUCUGAAUAGGUAUUAGUAGUGGAUUAUGGGCAUUAGCGCAGCUUUUAUGGGUCAUCCAUUUUAAUGGCCGUAGUAAUAUAGGGUUGUGAUGGCAUAUGAGUGAAAAAAACCUUUUGAAUUUUAUUAAUGAUCUAAUUAUUUAGGCAUUUUGAUGUCUUUUUUACGAAAGCAUAUGAAGAUACUAGAAACGAAAUUAAUAAAUAACAGUAUAUUGAAUUUACAAUAAAAAUAUUUUAUACUGAUUUACAAUAAUAUUUUAACACUAUCUUGCCCAUAAUUGCUUAUUUUAAUAAUUGGGUUUAUGAUCUGGAAGGUGCUGUAAUGAUUGUUUAUCAAAUUUUUCAAAUGAACGCUUUCAUUAAUUCUU